AUGGAUGAAGGUCCAAAUAUAGAGAUGGACAAAAUCAGUGGAUUAUCCGAUGAAUUGCUGGUUAAAAUAUUAUCCUUUCUUCCAACAAAAGUUGCUGUCUCCACUUGUAUUCUGUCGAAACAAUGGGAGUUUCUUUCGAUGUGGUCGCCAAAACUAGAGUACAAUGAAAAUGAUAUCAAGGGUCCUGACUCUUCGGUCCUUAGGUUUCAUGAUUUUGUUGUCAAGAAUCUGCCGUUACAUAGAGCUCCGGUUGUAGAAAGCUUGAUCCUAACAUCUCGUUAUCAUGUGUAUUUUCAACCUGAGAGUAUCAAACUAUGGGUUGGAAUUGUGGUUUCUCGCUGUGUGCGUGAGCUAAGUAUCAAUGUUUGUUGUCUUAGUGACGCACCAAUGCCAAAUUCUCUUCGACUGCUUCUAUCCUAUUGCCCUGUUCUGCAAGAUUUGUGUAUAGAACGGAGAGAAGACGACAAUGUGGGCAAGAUAGUUCAUAUGCCAAUGCUGGAAGAGGCAGAUAUUAUUGUUGUGCACGAUGUUGAGAAGUUUCUCGAUUCAAUUACAUCCGUCAAACGUCUUUCAUUACGUGUAAUAUUUACCCUUGAAGAAGAGUAUGCGUACCGUCCUGGUAUUGUCUACAAUCAGCUUGAACAUUUGAAGUUAUGCAUAUACAGCGAGGAUUGGUCAAAGUUAGCUGUCUGGAUGCUCAGAAAUUCUCCUAAACUGCGAGUCCUCAAUCUAUAUGUCGAUCCUUCACCACAGUUUUAUCAUGAGUAUCAUCCGAUUAAGUGGAAGAAUAGUCGGAGAUCUGUUCCUGAAUGUUUUCGGAAGAGCCUCGAAUAUUUGGAGUUUGUUGGGUACAUGGGAACGCAAGAAGAGAGAGAUUUCUUGAGUUUCUUCUUCAAACACGCUUGUUGCUUGAAGUCUACAUCAAUCAUUGAUUUUGCAUCACUAGCAUUCGAUUCUAAAUUUUAG